AUGCAGUCACAUCACCACCACCACCACAACCGCCAGCAGCCACCGCAACGCCAGCGGCCAUUGCAACACCCGCCACCGCAGGAGCAGCAGCAGCAGCAGGAUCUGGAAGCCCUUGUGCUGAUAUUGCUUCUCGUUUGUUUUUCGGGGGCGGAGGAGUUAGUGCUUUGUUUGUGUCGAGGCGAGUGGAAAGCGGCCGCAUUCUUCAGAGGCAUCGAGGCAAACAAAGCUGCGGCGGCUGCUUUGUCGGGGUUCCGAGUGUACGUACAUCCCAUGCAGAGUGCCUCCUUGCUCCCCCCACACACCGUUUUGGCUGCAGACUUGGUCGGAUUUGAUGUCCAGCUCGCCAACAACCCAAAUAAAGAAAUCAUCGGGAAAGUCGUGGACGUUGUUUCCAAAUAUGACAUGAGACUCAAGCCGGAGGCGGUGGGCGCUGCGGACGACUGUCUGGAGAUUGCGUUGUACACAGACAUUCCAGCGCGCCGUUUGCUACUGGAAGCGUACAGAGACCCUGCAGCGCCAUCCUCUGCUUUACUCGCUUCAGCUCUGCAUGCGUUGGGUCCCGACCAGCCCCAAUGCAUGCACCAGGAUGAGGAGGAGCCCCUGGUGUUGUUUGAGUGCGAAGGCUGCGGUCUUCGCUUCAGAGACUGCGCGGCAGCAGUGACCCAUGAACGACUUUGCCUUCGAGCUGCUCGUCCACCCAACAAAUUCCCUGCCCAGUGCGGUAGUGGGCCAACACCAAAUACAAAAGAAGACGAGCAAGAUGCUCUCCAGUGGCUGCUGCAAACUGCUGCUGCAGCCUGUGACCUGCCUACCCAGCAGCACCAGCAAGAACAGCAGGAGGGGAAAGCGCAGAGAAAAAGCAACCAAGUCCUGUGGGCAGAAGACGGUUGUCAAAUGCCUCCCUCGAAUGUUCCACAGGAGCUGUUGAGCUUGGAGGGACCUCAAGGACGCUCGGGCCGUCGGUUGGGUCGUCAGUUCUAUCAGCGACUAUCCCUCGGAAAUUUAGUUUCUUGGGAUCGGGGCCUUCGCUUCUUUCCUAGGCGAGGAGAGGCUGCCGCGGAGGCAGCAGAGAGGGCCUUGAACUUCGCAUGCAGCAGCCGCAGCUGCGGGGAGACAUCAAGUUAUUCAGAAGCGGACUGGAAUGAUGCCCGAGACGUCAUUAGCCUCUCUGCACGCUUAGGAUUGGCCUCGGACAUCAACCCCGCCGCAUGCGAGCCCGACAGAAAGCCCCAAACUAGCACGUUUCUGCUACCAUAUGUUUUGGGUGUAACUGUGGAAGAAGUCAAGAGAGAGGCAAAGACUGUCGCUAUUAAUGCUCCGCCCGGUCUUCUUCACUGA